AUGAUGGAUAUUUUGCAUAUCGGUGACGAACCGAUCCUCGACGAUCGUAUUGUGAAAAUUGAAACUCACACGUACAAUCCGUACGCUAGUGCCACAUUCGGUUACAGCGACGAAAUACAAAUACCUAUACAACAACAGGAUUUAUAUACGUUACCGUGUGAAAGUUUUCUCUACAUCGAGGAACAUAUUGUUAAAGAUAUCGACGCAGACAGGGAUGAACAGCAAUGGAGAUGCGAAUUAGUGAAUAAUUGUGUUGCGUUUAUGUUCGACGAAAUUAGAUACGAACUCGAUGGCGUGGAAAUUGAUAGAAACAGAAAUGUCGGGAUCACCAGCACGAUAAAAAGUUACGCAUCAUUGACAACUGAAAGGAGCAAAAGACUGCAGAAUGCCGGAUGGAAUGUUCAUUCAACCAACAAUGCCAUACGUCUAACCGAUAAUUUGCGCAAUUUCAAUUUCUGCGUACCUCUGAAUAUGUUUUUAGAUUUUUGCGAAGAUUACAAACGUAUAGUGAUAAACGCACGUCACGAAUUAGUUUUGAUACGUACCCGCAACGAUGUUGAUAGUAUUAUCGCUCAACCAACGUCUAAAAAUCCUAAACUUACAUUAUUAAAAGUACAAUGGCGCAUGCCGCAUGUGGUAUUGAACGAUCUGAACAAAUUAUCACUUUUGCGCACUUUGCGCACGGAGAGCGGUCGGUAUUUAAGUAUGACCUUUCGCUCAUGGGAUCUGUAUGAAUUUCCUUUGUUGCAAACCUCAACGAAACAUUCGUGGGCUGUGAAAGCGGCGGCGCAAUUGGAAAAACCGCGAUACGUGAUUUUCGCCCUUUAA